AUGAGGGGCCGCAGUUUAAUGAAGGAAACAGGAAACCAGUCCUUGUGUGCCUUUUGCGCCCAUAGACUGGGUCAAGCUCGACAACCUUCACAUGUUCCACGUCGAUUUCUCCAAUCCUCUCGGCCGGUAUCGAAACCUCCUGCGGAGGCAACUGCCUUGCGGGAAGAUAAUGGCAAUCGAGUGCCACAGCCAACAUGGGGACGACCUGCAGGAGGAUUGGGACCAACUGCGAGCUGGGGGCGUCCAGGUGCUGGAGCCGGAAUACCCUCAGUAGCACCGAUUUGGGGUAAAUCAGAAGCGGGGUCGAUACCUGGGGCAGGAAGCACUACACCGCGACCUGUGGCUGAUACGUUGGAAGCCUCUACUCCUCAAGUGCAAAGUAGGGAGUCCGCCCAAGACUCGAUACCAGAAGCCAGAGAGCCUGUUGAGAAUCUGAGAUCAGAGGCGUAUGAACUCGAUCCGCACGAGAAGAAAGCUCGAGAGAUGAUGCUUGCGCGAGAUUCACAGUCGCAAGCUAGAAAAGUCACCCAGGGCAGAGGAGCUGGACCAGAAAGCACUCGUGCUGGAAGACUCGUCCCCCGAACGGAAGCCGAAAGGAUUCAAGCGGCGCAACGGGAUAUUGCCAGACGGAAAGCCCUGGAGAAAUUUGAAGCAAACCGUGCAGCAUAUUCGAAUGGAGUCAGGAGCGAGUCGGGAGGUCCAAAAAUAAGGCAUAUGCUGGGCGAUUCGGAAUGGAAAAACCUAUCCGCUGCUGAAGAUCGGUCAAAAUGGCCUCAACUGAGGCCACAAAGGGAUACUGCGACUGCGGCUCGAGCUGCUGAGGAGGAUCGCCCAAGAUCUCGAUGGAACAAUUUCGCGGAAGAGAGGGCACAGAGAGUAGAGGAGGCUAGACACGGAAGAUACACGCCAGUUUCUUCAAGACCAGAGAACCGGAACUUUUCAGAGAGACCUUCAUACGAAGCGAGAUACCCUGCACACCCCGCUGGUGGCCGACGUCUAGACAUGUCUCGUGGCUCCGUAGAGAAAUCUCCAGUGCUUGAAGAGGUACAGCGGUAUAGAGAACCAGGCAACAGACCGGAACCCGAUCACACAGUCAAAUUCAGGCCUAUGGUUCCAUCUGUCGAACAAGAAAAAUUGCGAGGCUUCGAAAUGAAUUCUAGACCUGUCGAGAAAUUUGCCAAGAAAAUAGAAUAUGCUGCAGAGGAGGAUGAGAGUCGAGGAUCAGGAAAGGAAAGGAAAAGAAAAGUACGUGGACGACAAUCUCAAGAACCAAGUUACGAAGCUGUACCAAAAGGAAAAGGUAGAGAUAAGGCCAAGCGACGAGAGCAGUUCGCCAACUAUGAGGAAGAAGAAGCGGAAAUGAAUGCUGCCCUUGAACGAGCUGAAGAGAAAGCGCAGCGAAAACGUGAGAAGGCCGAAAAGCGAGCAGCCAAAGCAGCGGCUCCAACUCCAAUUCUUUUGCCAGAGUAUAUCAGCGUAUCAAACUUGGCUGUGGCUCUCAGAGUCAGGGUUGAGGAGUUUGUGUGUAAGAUGGAAGAACUUGGAUUUGAGGAAACGAGCCAUGAUUAUGUUUUGAACGCCGAAAAUGCUGGUUUGAUCGCCCAAGAGUACAACUAUGAACCGAUUAUCGAUCGCGGAGAGUCGGAAGAUCUGAAAGCGAGAGAGCCGGCUGCAGAUCCGUCAUCACUACCUCAGAGGCCUCCUGUGGUGACAAUCAUGGGUCAUGUUGACCAUGGAAAGACAACAUUGCUGGACUACCUUAGGAAGUCCUCCGUUGCUGCUACUGAACAUGGUGGAAUUACCCAGCACAUCGGAGCUUUCUCCGUGCCUAUGCCAUCCGGCAAGGUCAUUACCUUCCUGGACACGCCAGGCCAUGCUGCAUUCUUGAGCAUGCGUCAGCGGGGUGCAAAUGUCACCGAUAUUGUUAUCUUGGUGGUCGCAGCAGAUGAUAGUGUCAAGCCACAGACAAUCGAAGCCAUCAAUCACGCCAAGGCUGCAAAAGUUCCAAUGAUUGUCGCUAUCAACAAAAUCGACAAGGAAGAUUCAAACAUUGACCGUGUCAAGCAAGAUCUUGCCCGUCAUGGUGUGGAUGUUGAAGACUUUGGCGGUGACACUCAGGUUGUUUGUGUCAGUGGGAAGACUGGUCAGGGUAUGGGAGAACUAGAAGAAGCUGCUGUCACUUUGUCCGAAAUUCUUGAUAUGCGAGCUGAGACGGAUGGUCAAGCAGAAGGUUGGAUCUUGGAAGCAAGUAUUAAGUCUAUGGGUAAGGUUGCUACAGUACUUGUGCGAAGAGGUACCAUGCGACCAGGAGAUUUCAUUGUUGCCGGCAAGACUUGGGCAAGAAUCCGUUGUCUUCGAAACGAGGCAGGUGUAGAGAUUCAAGAAGCUGGACCAGGAAUGCCUGUUGAGAUUGAUGGAUGGAGAGAGCAACCACUUGCGGGCGAUGAAGUCCUGCAAGCUUCCGACGAGGGUAAAGCCAAGAGUGUUGUGGACUACAGACUCGAGAAGGAAGAGCGUGACAAGAUGGCUGAAGACAUGGAAGCUAUCAAUGAGAAUCGUAAAGCUGAGCAGGAGAAGCGGGAGCGUGAGAAGGCAGAGGCUGCUGCUCUGGAAGCUACGAAAGACACCGAUGCAGUAGUUCCGAAGACUGCCGAAAGUGCUAAGGCAACUGGACCGAAGCAGAUUUACUUUAUCGUCAAGGGCGAUGUGAGUGGAUCUGUGGAAGCUGUCAUUGACAGCAUUUCUGUGCUUGGCAACAAGGAAGUUCAACCAAUUAUCCUCCGUUCUGGUGUUGGACAACUUUCGGAAUUCGAUGUUGAGCAUGCGGCUGGAGCCAAGGGACAUUUGAUCAAUUUCAACACAACGGUCGAGCCCAAUAUUGCUAGACUGGCUGAACAGUCCAAAGUCAGCAUUAUCGAUCACAACAUUAUCUAUCGCUUAGUGGAUGAUGUGACGGCGGAAUUGAGUAAACAUCUCCCGCCACUGGUCACUCAACGUGUAUUGGGUGAGGCGGAGAUUGCUCAUGUUUUCGAGAUCAAUGUCAAGGGACGACAGCACAAGGCAGUUGCUGGAUGUAAAGUGAGGAAUGGUACGAUUGCGAAGAAUGCUAAAGUUCGGGUCAUGAGGAGAGGCGAGAAAGUGUUUGAUGGUACACUCGCCUCGUUGAAGAACGUCAAGAAAGAUGUUCAAGAGAUGAAGAAGGGUGGUGAGUGUGGAAUGGGCUUCAACGACUGGUUUGAUUUCCAUGUUGGAGACCAAGUCCAGUCGUAUGAGGAGAAGGAAGAGAAGAGAUACUUGUAG